AUGAAAUAUAAUGCUGAACCGUUUGAAAUUCGUUCUGAUAUUUGGGCACCAGGUAUCAGUAUUGCUGAAUUAGUGAAUGGAAAACAACCAUUUUUAGGUCUCCCGUAUAUCGAAUUGGCUAAUCUAAUUCAAACAUGGACACCUAAUAUUGAUGAUAAACUGAUAUCGUUUGCUUUAAAAGAACUUAUUCUCUAUCUAUUAAAAACAGAUUAUAAACAGCGUCCGAAGUCGUAUGGCGAAAUACUUGAAAUGCCAGUUUUACAAAGUGUUCAUAUAAUACCGUCAAACGAUGAAAUGAAUUGUAUUAAAAAAAUUAUUGAUAAUAUUGUUCCCUGA